AUGUUAGGACCGUUCCGUAAAGGUAACACACUCAAUUCGCGGUUGGUCGAACCAUCUCCCAAACGCCAGAAAAUGAGCAGCGUCACAUCCGAGUUCACGCUUGCUAGUGAAUCUCCUCCCGCCGCAGUAAUCGACCCAGGUGCUUGUUGGGUCGCCUCGGACGAUCUCUCCAGCAUGGUGUUCCAGACAGCCUACCUCCAGAGAAUCACCAGCUCGUGGACCAAUUACGUUUCCGUGGCCUAUGGCGAAACCCUCAUGCAGAACUCUCUCAAGAAAUGUCAAGAUACGGUCAACAGCCUCCGCAGCACACUUGAAAGUCUGGAAGUCAAGGCUGCCAAACACUCUCAGCCUGGCAUCAAAGAAGUCAUGGACAAUUGGAAUCGCACAUCUGAAGACCGUGAAGCCAGAGCUGCGAAGGAAGCCAAGUCANNAUCAGCAGCGGCCAUGGAGUUUCUCGUCCUGUCUGGCAUCGAGAAAAUUGUCAGUGAUGAAUUCUCACGCUUGUGCAACCUCGAUGAAGCAUUCUUCGACAUUACCUACAAGUCCUGGAACGAAGAAGAGGAUACAGAAGGAACAUUCAAACAUGCUAUCAAGAAAGCCCUGGACGAAGACCCGGAACCACUUGCAGACUUCGAAACCAAAGUCAAAGGGCACUUCAAGCGUGAGAUGCUCGACCGUGCUGCAAGUGACUUCAAGCGCCAACUGCAAAAGCAGUAUGAGGAGUAUGGAGGAUGA